AUGAAUCUAUUUAGCCGUGUAUUUCUUCUAGGACUGCUGCUCACCGUUGGAGCUCAGAAUGAGUUGGACGCUGCGAUAAGAUACUACGAACGAGAGUGCGCGUGCACGCCAGCUAAACUAUGGCUCGAUGUUGUAGUCGUAAUGGACACUUCUCUGGGAAUGACCGAGGAAGGUCUUGCACAGGUCCUGGCUAACAUUGGUACUGUAUUCGAUCCAACAACUAUCACGCAAGGUGCAGGCCACCAUACACGAAUUGGAUUGGUUACAUAUGGAUCCAAAGCAGAAAUAAAACACAAGCUGACCGAAUUCAAAUCCACUGAUGAAUUUUUGGAGAGGAUUUGGGAGAUUCAACGUGCAAAUGACCCAUCUUCCGAUUUGAAAGAUGGUCUCAUGAAAGCUGAACAAGUUUUCCGUGAGGGCCGCGCUGAUGGAACCAGGAACAAUUGCAAGGAAGCCAUCAUCAUUUAUGCCAGUGUUUUCAAGGAGAGCCACUUUGAAGAUGCCAAGCAGCUGGCAGACCAGAUCAAGAUCAGCGGAAAGGACAUCAUCGUUAUUGCAUUCGACCAGGGCGGCAAGCCUAACGCUCUAGACCAAAUCCGCAAGAUUGCCACUGAGGGCUUCUACUUUACGAAUGUGGUACCUAACCUUUCCGGCGAAGUUCAGCAUGCUCUUUGCGCAAGUAAGAUGAGAUCUGAGCCAAGAAUUUUGGCUAAUUAGAC